AUGGGUCCCGGCCGAGGGGAUCGGCAGCCCGCUGCUGCGGACUACUCGGAUCAGCCGCCUCCAUUCAGCGCGGAGGCGCCGGGGCUGAUGUUCUGUGCCGCGCACAAAGCCAAGAAGAGUGGCCGGGCCCCCGGGACCGGCAAGGCGGUGUGCGCCCCACGCAGCGCCCUCAGCGACUCGGACGAAGCCGACAACGAGGUGCAGAAGCUCACGGCACGCUCCUUCCGGAGCCUCUCGGGCCCCCACGGCGGCUACCUCGACAUGUACAGCUCCCACACCUCCUCCAGCCUCUCCAACUCCUUGUCAGAGGACGGCGGCGCCGCAAAGCGGUGGCCGACGGGCAGCGAGCCGCGGGGGGCCAUGCUGGCCCUGCACACCAGGCCCACCCGGCCCUUCCUUGCUGUGGGACAGGCCCUGGACAAGGAGCUCUUGGGCAGCUUGCCAGGCAAGGAGCAGUUCGAAUGCGUCGACGUGGAGUUGGAGAGCAACGAUGCUAAGAAGGGUCACUGCAAGAAAAGGACCGUCCCCAAGCGGCAGAUCCAGCUCAAGAGGAAGGAGAGGAAGGAGACGGGUUUCUUCCCCUGGGGUGACUGCUCGGCCCACCAGCCCCUGCCACCACCCCGAAAGGAGCCCCUGGUGAAGGGCAGGGCCAUCAGCGACGAGUUCAGGAUAAACUACAAGCAGUUCAUGAAGACCGCAUCGCUGGACGACACCUGCAACAAGACCAGGAUGGCCUCCUGCCUAGUGAAAAACGUGCUGGCCAAAAAAAUGCAGUACGAACAAAGGAUUAAGAUGGAGCAGAAGGCACUGCAGGGCAGCUCGACAUCAUCAGGGCCAUCGUCUGUGGGCACCGACCUGGCAGGCGACUGUCUGGAGGGCAAGUCGAGCUCACUGUCCAAGUCAGACUGCAGCUACUCGGCCGAGGACAUGCAGGGCCAGGCAGGCAAUCAAAGGCCUGUGCCCGUGGCCACCCGGCCCACCAAGGGGGUGGUGCUCAACGAGGAGACCAGGGAGAACGUCUGCAAGCUGAAGACCACUUUCAAUGAGCUCAAUGAGCGGAUCAAGUACCAGGAGGUGCUGCAGUGCCAGUCGCUCACUGCGGAGCAGGCGCGGAGCAGGAGGAGGGAGGACUACAGGAGAGCACGUGCCAUUUUCGAACCGCAGCAGGAUGACGGGAAGGCGCCGGAUGCCCCCCUGAAAUUUGAGAAACCCCAGAAGCCAUGGCCGAGCUUAAGGCAGCGAGCCAUCCGGCAGAGCAAGCCCGAAGUGAUGCCCUUCAAGCCUAAGGCCUUGGGGAUCCCUGUGGCGGCCCCCCGGAACGUCUUCACCUCCAGGGCGCAGGAGGUGAAGCUGGUCCCGCAGAGCCAGCAAGAGGAGAAGCCACCACCUGAGGGGGGCUCUGCGGGGCGUCCCGUGACAGGGCCACUCCGGGAGGCCCCACCGGUUCCCCACCGGCCCCCUGUCACCCGCUCUCCAGAGCGGACUCCUCAGCCUGGGAAUAAGGGCAAGGGGCAAAUCCCUCAGCCGCGGGACGUCCGCAAGCUGGUGAAGAACACCUACAGCCUCUGCUUCAAGCCGGCGGGCGCCCCAGCGCCCACCACUCAAGGCAAGGGCACCGAUGGGCCGGGCCCCUCGGCAGGGGAGCCUGCGGCAGCCUCCCCUCUCUUCAUACACUGCACCUCGGUCUGCCGCAAAGAGCCAGUGCCAAUGAUGAGCCGCGCUCGUAAAAACAGCCCGCAGCAGCCGGAGGACAGGGACGUGCUGACAGUUCCCGGCCGCGAGCCAGGCGAGGCAUGUGCCGACGGCCCCGCAAAGCCUCCCGAAAGGCCACGCUCGGCGGUGAGGGACUCCCCGAUGAACAUCACGAAGAUCCAGUCCACGCGGAGGGUUGUGAGUGGGCCGGAGGGGCCGGCAGGCCGCAGCGGAGAGCCCGCUGUGCGUCGCGAGCGGAGCGAGCUGACCCUGCCGCCCGUGGCCAGGGCGGCCCCGCACCUGGAGUCCCACCUGCACAUCCAGGUGAGCCCACCCUCGACGCAGGCGCCCAGCCCCGCCAAGGGUCCUGUGCUGGCCCCACAGGGCACUGCACCCGGCCGGGAUGACCCCUUGGCUCCAGCUGCUCCCAGCUCGGUCGCGAGCAGCGCGGUUCUGCUCACAGAGAAGACCGUCCUCUUCCCACCUCCAGCAAGUGCCACAGAGGAAGCCAAGGGGCACCAUCAUGUCGCAACCUCAACCAGAGCGCCCAACCCACCCCUGCAGCAGCCCAUCAACAGCGAGGGCAUUUUGGGGCCACCAGGGGCCAGAGGGAUCUCUGAACUGGGACCUCCCCCAGGAGUCAACCCACAUCUGCCGCCCCUGCAGCCAGCAGCAGCAAGUGCCCCAGCGCCGCUCACAAGCAAGCAUCUGAGCAGCACAGGUCCCCAGGAGGCCAGGAGGGAAAGGCCUGAUGCGCUGACACAGACAGGUAGCUGGGCAGUUUCCACGGGGACCAGCAUGUCUCCGGACAGUGUUGGCACCUCCACCACAUUUCAAGCAAAGGAGGGCAGUGAGGAGGCUGGGGUGCCCAAAGGUCCUUCUGUCACCCCAGCGCCACUUGUUGGCAGGCUGCCAGACUGGCGGGAGAACUGGGAGCAUUUAACGAAGCAGACAGGAGCCAACGAACAGUAUUUCACAUCUACCCCAAUGGAGAACACAAACUACUUAACAAUUCCUGUGAAAGCUGCAAAAUCCACUCCAGCACCAAAGCUGCCUGCAGUGCCCAACCCAGCCAGUGCAUCCCUCGGGACUCCCUUGGUCCCCAACCGAGCGAGCACGUCCUUCGGACACCCAUCAGCCUCUAACCUGGCCAGUGCUUCCUUCGGGACCCCCUUGCUCCCCAACCCAGCCAGCACAUCCUUCGGGACAUCCCUGGUCCCCAACCGAGCGAGCACAUCCUUCGGGCUCCCAUCAGCCUCUACCCUGGCCAGCACUUCCUUUGGGAACCCCUUGGUCUCCAACCCAGCCAGCACAUCCUUCGGGACGCCCUUGGUCCCCCACCGGGCCAGCACAUCCUUUGGGUACCCAUCAGCCUCUACCCUGGCUGGCGCUUCCUUUGCAACCCCCCUGCUCCCCAACCUGGCCAGCACGUCCUUUGGGUACCCAUCAGCCUCCAAACCGACCAGCACUUCCUUUGGAUCUCCCGUGGUCCCCAACCCCUCCAGUAUGUCCUUUGGGGCUCCCUUGGUCCCCAAUCCGCCCAGUACAUCCUUUGGGGCUCCCUUGGCCGUAAACCCAGGCCCUGCUUCCCUUCGGCACCCCCCAGUCUCCAACCCAACGAACUCUUCCUCGGGGUCUCCCUUGGUCCCUAACCCAGCCAGCCCUCCAUCGGUGGGUGCUAUGUCUCUCCUGCCAGGCAGGGGGGCCCCAGGGAGCCACCCCAGCCCCGAGCUGCCCCUGUCUCUUGCUUCUGAAGGCCAGGCCAGUGCAGAGCAGCAGGCCCAGCUGCGCCUCGACGACGUUCCCCAUUUCCUGAGGAGGACUGAGGGCGCCUCGCCGAGCAGUAAGAGCACGCCCAGCCCAACCAGGCCCUUCGUGCCCCACCAGCCUGCGCACCGCAAGAUGCUCCUUGAUCCUGACAGCGGAAAGUGCUAUUACAUGGAGCCGCCAAGGCAGCCCCAGCUGAAAACGCUCUAUGACCCUGAGACGGGGCAGUACCUCGAGGUGCUCAUCCCACCAGUGCCCCUGGCAUCCCACACUGGCCUCUACCAGGCUCCUCUGGUCAUGACACCGGGUGUCUACGGGCCCCCCUACAUGCCCUCCGCCGGCUUCUCUGGGCUGCCGGUGCCCUGGGCUGGAAGCCCUCCUAAGGGCUCCCCUGGCUGUGGCCACCUCUAA